AUGCAUCAUCUUCCCAAGAAAACUGAGAUUACUGGACGCUUUGUCUUCGACAAUGAGCAUGGGAAAGCUCUGCAGUUCAUUCAGGCGGAGAAGAUGUUCUACGAAGUGGCAUUGAUCGAGCUCACCUCGCUGCAGGCCAGCACAGGGUCUCAGGAAGACGGAACAUUGGGAACGUCAGGAUGUCUGUCUCAAGAGGAGUUAUCAGAACAGGCUUCACAGGCCCAGGAUCUUGAGAGACUGGCUCAGCUCUGCAUCAUGAGCAAAAGACCCCACCUUGCUUUAGAAUACAGUGGCAAGGCCACUAAAAUCCACCAGAGGGCUUUUGGUAACGAUCACCCCAUCACAGCCCGGAGUCUGGAGCUGCUGGCCACUGUCUAUGCUGAGAUCGGCAAAACAGAAUAUACAAAUUCAUUGGGAGAGUGUGUGUCGACUCUUUCCAAAAGGUUCUCAGCCACCGAGUCAUUCAGCGAUGCUCUGAGUAGCAUCUCUCAUAGCCAUAAAAGCAGACACUCUGAGCUGCGACACAGAAAAGAGCCAUACAUACAACAGGAAACUCCUAAAACGAAGGUCAUAAAUGAAAAACUGCCCACCUCUAUUCUGAAAAGGUCCAAUGUGAGCAAUGUGGAGUCAGACUCAUUGCGCAGGCGAAAAAGCGAGAGGCGGGUUCGCUUCAGAGAGCCGGAGAUCACUGUUCAUGUCUACGACACCCCCCAGAGCCGUUUGCACCUGGCCCUGCUCACCUGCCUGUUCCUGCUUCUGUCUGCGCUGGGUCUAGCACUGUACUGCACGGACCGCCGAAGACCCCAGCGUGCCUGCGAAGAGCUGCAGACGGCACUGGCUGUGUACCUGCUUCAGUUCAAACAGAUCGUUUGGGCCUGCUGGAUCUGGCUGACCAUGCAAUGACCAUAACUGACCACAGGGGGCAGCAAUGGGCAGGGGAAAAAACAUAAAAGGUCAGGAUGUUUUUUGAAGGACUGCAGAAAAAAAAGAUAAAGGUCCCCUUGGUUUUUUUUUUAUUGCUUUACUUUCACUGUUAUAAUCA